CUUUCUCCAUUGCCAUCAAACCACACCCAUUCCUCUCAAAACACACACAUACACAUACACUACUAUACACACUCUUCAUCAUCUUCCAUAUCUUACUUAACCCACACCAACAAAAUUAAAACACAAAAAUACUUUCAUAGCACUCCAAAGUGGUCUCUUUGUAGAGCCCUUGGGUGCUUUUUAGUUGCCUCAUCAGCUAAGUGAGGUUCUUCUUUUCCUUAACCGUUGGGUUAUUGAAGAGACAGUAUGAUGAGCAACAUGAUCCAAAAUCAAAGCAUGCUACCACCAUUGAUGAAAAUAGAAGAAGAUGAAAGCAUGGUGAAGCUGAAGCAAGGCAUAGUCACCAUUUUAACACCCUCCUCUGCUUCUUCCUUAAGGAGGACACUCUCUGCUGACAUGUCCUCCAAGAAAUGGAUGCAUGAUCUUCAACAACAACAACAAGAGGAAAAAGAUAACCAAGAUUCCUUCAAGAUGAAGAAGAUCGCUUCGUCGGAGGAGCUCACGCAACACCUUCCCAAUAAUUCAUAUUCCUCUUCUUCUUCUUCUGACGAAGGAGAAGAAGAGGAGGAGGAAGCAGAAAGGGAGAGGCUCGCCAUUUGGAGCUCGAUCCUUAAGAACAAGAAAGAGGAGCAAGAGAAAUCCAGGGGAGGGUUCGAUACAUGGGGAUCAAUCAUGUCCAUGAAGAGCGACAGCGACGGCAACAGCAACAACAAGAACAAUCAGAGCCUUGAAAUGACGAAAUCGUUGCCGGUGAGUGUGACGAUUACACCUUAUGUUCAUCCUCUUGUGAAGAGAUCGAAGAGCUCUCUCAGUGAUAAGAGCCUUGAAAUCUGCACUGAGAGUCUUGGAUCAGAGACUGGCUCUGAUUCCUUGCUCUUCUCCUCUUCUUCUUCUUCUCCUUCUUUCCCUUCAGGGGAAUCAGAGAAGGUAGUGAAAGAAUCAGAACAAGAACAAGAACAAGAAGAACAACAAGAACAAGAAGAGAACAUUCAUGUUGCUGCAAUAACAAAGAGUAAGUUGUUAUCGCAUCCAAGGUGUUUUCCUCCACCACUUCCUUCACUUUCUUUCCGUGGUUGUAAUAAGAACAAGGAAGAUUCUUCUUCUUCUUCCUCUUCACUGCACAUGAAGCCGCACCGUGACAAUGGAAGGUUGGUUCUUCAAGCUGUAUCACUCCCUUCAAACAACAACUUCAACGCUCAACGUCAAGACGGUCGUCUCGUCCUCACUUUCGCCAAUGAUCAGGAAGUUCCCGAAGUCGAAGAAGAGGAGAAUUAUGAUGAUGAAGGUAUGGAGGAAGAGGAGGAGUUUGAAGAAGAAGAAGAAGAAGAUGAUGAAGAAGAAGAAGAAGAAGAGGAGGAGGAGGAAAGUGAAGUUGUUAUGGAGAAGAAAGCGCCAUUAAUGUCAAGUGGGAUUACUACUACUACCACUACUACUGUUAAUAGUGGCGGUGGUAAUCUUCAUAGGCUAACAUUGAUGAUGAACAACAACAGCAACAACAACAAAACAAUUGGGUUGGUGAAUAGAAACAUGAAUCCAAAUUGGUCAGACAAGUUCAACAAGAAAGGGAUGAACAUGAAUUUGGAGGAUGUGAAUGUUAGUGUUGUUGCAAGGUUGAUUCCUUCAUCACCAGGAUCAGCAGCAUCACCACCACCACCACCUUCUUUCAAUCUCAAUGCCUAUGAAUACUUUUGGAAGACACCAAAACCUUCUUCUAAACUUCCAAACAACAACAACAACAACAACAAUGAGCAACACCAACAGUUGCUGGUGCUAAGAGCCAAGAAUGGUGACUACUUGGUUCACAAUUUCAAGGGCUGCAAGGAUUCUAGAAGGUCCUUGCUCUUCUGGGAACCUUAUUGCAUUGCCACUUCCUGAGAGAGAGAGACACUCCAAUUGCAUAAAAAGAAAACUUAACAGAUUAAUUAUUAAUAGUCAUUUUGUUCUCAUCAUCAUCCAAUCACUACAAAAAAGAGUGAACCUCCCAAACAUUUAUCUGAGGUAUAUAACAUAAGCCUCCACCACUUUGCUAAUUCCAUUUUCUUAUACACUUUUAUUACUCCAUCCUUUUAUCUCAGUGUAGCUCCACUCAUUCAUGGAGCUUUAGUCAAAUAAGAGAGAAAGUGAGAGGGAGAGAGAGGUUUAAUAUAGUGAGAGAGAUUGAUACUCCCUUGUCUUGUAAGAUCAGAGAAAUUAAUGACAUGAACAGUUUGUUAUAUACACAUAAUAAUAAUACAUUACAUUAUUACUA